AUGACUAGCAGCGCUAUGGCUUUUAACGAGGUGAGUAUUUGACUGAUCACUUAUGUAAAUUUUACACUAAUCGGUAAAUAAAAUAGGUAUCUAAUAUAAUGUGUAAACGGGGUCAGUAGUCACUAAACAAACUAUUAUUUUCAACUUUGAGUAUAUGAUCUUAUUUUAUCCAAAAAUCGAUGACAAUAUCAUUUAAUUGAUCGGUUGGCUACUAUAACCUUUUAUUUGUUUCAUCAAGAACCCACAUUUGCAAUGAUAAACAAUUUGACAAUACGCGUGUUCCUUAUAACACUCGAUGGUACAAUCAGAUUAUAAAUGUAAUGUAUUUCAAUGCUUCUCAAAAAUUGUAUACCUACAUCUUAUUACCAAUCCGAUUGCCUCUCCAUGCAUCAAAUGGACAACCAACAAACAGGGUUGGGGCCUAAGUUGAUGGAUUGAUAAAGUUUACUAUCAAUGGUCAAUCCGGUGUUCAAUCAUAUUGAAAACUAAACGAUAACAAUUUUUUAAUCUGGAACGCGGAUUUAUAAAUAAUAUAAUCAACUUUAUUACUUAUAUACCUAUGUACAUUAUUUUUUUAUUAUUAUCUUUCUAAUGUUCUAUUUAGGUGCAUAAAAGUGCAAAAUUGAUAUGCUAGGUUAUUGUGAUCAAUUGAUAGUUAUUAAAUAUAUAAGUACCAAGUAUAUUAUUUACUAAUAUACUAAUAUUACUUAGGCAGGUGUAAUUCAUAGUUAUAAUAUGUUUCUUUCAAACAAAGUUUUAUGUUAUAAAUUAAAACCUAAAUUUUUUUUGAAAAUUGAGUUACACAUUUUAAAGGUAUUUAGAAUAUGAAUACAUUAUCUGUAUUUAUGUUUAAAAUAAAAAUGUGUAGUUAGGACUACUUAACACAUAGUUUUAAAUAACUAAAUCUAAUGUUUAUUGUAUAGGCUCAUUAUCCAUAAACCAAAUUGUUUUUGUUGUAUCAUGAAUUAUAUCAAUUGUUUUCUUUAUAUUUAUAUUAUCCAAUCAUAAUGUUAUAUCUGCUUGAAAACAUUUUUAACUGAUGUUAAAAAGUACAAGUUUACCAUACUUGAAUUGUUUAUUCAAACAAUUAUAACGACUAUAAAUUAUACAGUUUUCUUUUAAAAAUAAUUUAAUAAUUAUUAUGACAUCUCAUAUGGUUAGUUUACUACAUGUUAUAUGAAGUAAUAAUUUGUAAAAUAUUAUAUUUAUCUUUAAUUUUAUUAUUUGUUUGAUUGAAUUCAAUUUGGCUUUAAUUGUACAAUAAUUACUCUACCCACACAGGUAUUGUUACAAUUAUUAUUGACAGUUUAUUUGUUGUGCAUUUAUUAUGUUUAAUGAUCAAUGUAAAUACAUUUUUUGGGUGUAUAUUGUACAAUGUAUAUUAUGCAUGUUUCUUAUUGAUUUCUUAAAAUGUAAUGAAAUAUGAUAGACAAAAUGCUGUGAUAAUGCCAUAGCAAUAAAAAUCUAUUGUCUUCCAAGGUCAUUUUGUUUUAUUCUUUAUUUAUUAAAUGUCUAUGAAAAUUGUUAUUUACAACAGCUAGGUAGUGUAUUAAAUUAAUAGGGAACACCACUUGUGUAUGAUUACGUCAAACACAUAGAAGAAUAAAACAUUUUUUAUAAUAAUAUAAAUUAUUAACCGGGGGUCUAGUAUUACUUCUAUAUUUAUGCCGAUGGCAUAUGUUAGUACAAUAGACGUAUUGUCUAUAAUUUUAUGAUAACUAUUUAUAUAUAUUAUUGAAUAUAUGUAUUAUAUAUAUAUAUAUAUAUAUAUACUGAUAAUAUCAUACUGGUGACGAGUGGUUUGAAAGUGGCUGGCGUGUCGCUCGUGCGUGUUGCGCUCAACCAUUGACAGGCCACAAUUUUGUGGGUGAUACCGGUGACACGAUGCGACUGAAAGUGGUCUGUCUGUGUUCGACUGUGUUUUUCAUAUUACUUUACAUGUAAUUAAUAUAUCACCCACGAAGGAUAUCUAGUUUGUUCCGUUGCUGUUUAACUAUUUAAGCAAUGCACCUAUUAUAUAAAAAAAAAAAAAAAGAUUAAAUAACUAUUAUACCAUUAUAUCUAUACAUUGUCACAAAACUAUACUCACAACCAGUGAUCUUCAAACAGCGGGUCGUAAUAAAUUUUCUUUUUUAAAUAAAAAUUAAGUUUAUACAAUUAUAUAAAGUACACAAAUAAUUGUUGUUAUUAAACUUAGAAAAUUAAUAAAUGAAAAUAUAGUUUAAAAAUUAUUGUAUUAUAUUAUGUAUAAACAAUAUUAUAUAAUUUAUAUUCAAAAAUCACAGUAUAUGUUUCAUAUACUGGUAUGAUUCUACGUAGUAUGACAUUAAAUAUAAUAAUUUACGAGUAAACCAGACUAGUAAUAAAAUAAAUAUAUUAUAUUAUUAUCGUUCAUAAGUCGCAUAAUUUACGAACAUUGUUUAAAGACGAAUAAAUUUUAGUCUUGUUAUUAUUCUAGUCAUAUUUACGUAUCCCUUAAAAAGUUUUUUUAUUUUUUAUUUAUUCAGUUAUAACAGUACUACUACAAAGUAUUAAGUAAUUUUAGAUUUUUUUUUUGUUUUUCUUUAUGUAUACCUUAUGUGAGUCGCAAAUAAUGUAUGUUUAAAAAAAUUGGUUGUGAGUUCAAAAAAGUUGAAGACCGCGGAUGGGAAGAUUGGAAAUGACCAAAUGACCAACAUUUUUUUAAAAUAUGUAUUUAAAAAUUUCAAAAUAUGUAAUUAUAUUCCUUAUGAUUCAUUUUUAACACAAUAAUGUAUAAAUAUACCAAUUUUUCAACAAAUAUAUGCAAAAAUGAUGUUAAUAUUAAUUUAAAAUCAAUUUUAUACUUUUUUUAAUUGUGCAUGCAUUAAAUAUGUACAUUUUUUUUAAAAAUUACAAAGUUUUACAAAAAACUGGGUUAAUAUUAAUUUAAAACAUAAAUGAUUCAAAACAAAAAAUAAAAUAUUUCAAAAAUUUAAAUGUUGUAUAGGUUAAAUACUUUAAAUCUCAGGAUUUCACUGUAUAACAAUUAUUUUACUUAUAUUUUCAAAUCUGACAGUAUGUUUUUGUAAACUAUUCACUGUGCCUACCAGCAGUAGAUACUAGAUAUAUAAAUAACUACGUAUGUCAUCAACUUUUAUCGCUAGUGUAUACGUAGUGAUAUAGUGUUUAGUUAAUAGUUAUCGUACACAUUUUUAAUAUUAUAUUUAAAAUUGUUUAAAAUAUGCUACUAAAUCGAGAAAUAAUCAAUUUAUUAUGCUCAAAAAUGUCAAAUAUGCAAAAUAAGUUUAAUAUAAACGUAUAAUUCUGAUUUUACUUAAAAAAUAUGUAAAGUCAUAAACAUCUGAGCUCUAGUCAUAACCCUAUAUAAUAUCUCUAUCUUAUCAUUUUUCUGGUAUACCUAUAGCUACUCCUAAAUUAUCUAUCCAUUCCUAAUCCUGUCCCACUUGGUUACAACCAUAGAUAAUAAAGAAUGGAUAAGCUAUAAGUUUAGGUGGAAUCAUUCCUAGUUUUAAUCAGUAAAUUUCUAUGUAACUAUAUUUUAUUACAUAGGCAAAUAUAUUGUUUUACUAUAUCAAAUAAUGUAAACAAAUUGCCUAAAGUCAAAAUUCCAGCAAAUUUGUAUGUUGGUUUGUGUACCUUUGAUCAUAUUUUGAUUGGCUGUUAUACGAGUAUCUAUACUAUGACAUUUUUAUAUUUGGGUUAAUUUCAACUUUUCUCUCAUUUGGAUUACAAUGGUCAAAUAAUUGUUUGGUGUUAUCAGCAUAUUAUAUAUCUAUACUCAUAAGUGGAAACAAAAAUGUGUACAAAUCUAGUAUAGGAGUGGCCUAUUUAUUAUUUUAUGAUUAUUGGUUAUACUAUGCAUCCAAAAGGUUAAUUUAAUAAAGAUAAAAUUAAUAAAAAUUGUACACAAUAUCAAAUAUUUUUUUAACACCUCUCUUUGUGUACUAGUAAACUUUUAAAACAAUAAAUUUAAAAACUAACAGACGUUUUUACUGACUUUUAUACUGUUGUAAGUAAGAAGUUAAGAAGGUAGAGUGGAAUUUGAAUGUAUAUCUGUAUGCAACAAUAAAUCAUUGAUAACAAAAAACAAUUAUGAGUGGAGUUCAGUUAUAAAUGUUUUGGAAGGCUGUAAUAUUUAUGAUUUUAAAAUAUUACAUAUGUUAAAUUUUCCCAUUUAUUAUGAAUACCCUUGGGAAAAUCAAAAAAUGAGUACUACAUCAGACAGAUUUCCUUUCAGAAUAAGAACUACUUUUAAAAAUUUGAUCAAAAUUUCUGGUAGAAGGAGUUGUUCACAGAAAGAAAAAAACAAACAUUAUAAAACCAAUAUAUUCCUUGCUUUGCUCAGAAUCUAAAAUUUAACUAAUUACUGAUUUAUGGAGGGAAAAUCAUUACUUCGGAUAAUAAUAUAAGUUUUAAAUUUGAUGAAAAAUUGAAUAAAAAAAUAGAAAACUAUAAAACAAUAGUACUAUAUGAAUCUGGUGUUAAAAAUAGGUAUUGCCAUUAAAGAAAAUAUAAGUUAUUUUUGUACCGCAAAUCUUUCUAAAUAAAAGCCCCUAUUUCAAUCCAAAUAUUUUGAAUUAUUUUGUGAUACCAUUUGAAUGAAAUACUGUAUAUAGUUGUAUUUAUUUUUAUUCAAAUAUAAAUUAAUACCAUUCAUUUAAAUUUGUUAAUUUAUUUAUUAUUCUUGUAGAAAGUUGAUCCAGAACUCAUAUUCACCAAACAAGAACGAAUUGGUAAAGGUUCAUUUGGAGAAGUCUUUAAAGGUAUUGACAAUCGAACUCAGCAAAUUGUAGCUAUAAAAAUUAUUGAUCUUGAAGAAGCUGAAGAUGAAAUAGAAGAUAUUCAACAGGAAAUUAUGGUUUUAUCUCAGUGUGAUAGCGCAUUUGUCACAAAAUACUUUGGUUCCUAUCUUAAAGUAAAUUCAAUAUAUUAUUUACACAUGUUUACCAGUUCAUCACUAUUUUACAUUAAAGGGUACUAAAUUAUGGAUUAUAAUGGAAUAUCUGGGUGGUGGAUCAGCACUUGAUUUAAUGAAAGCUGGUAAUUUUGAAGAAAUGCAUAUUGCCAUAAUACUAAGAGAAGUUUUAAAAGGUCUUGAUUAUUUACAUUGUGAACGGAAAUUACACAGAGAUAUUAAAGGUAACAAUUAUAAAUACAGUAAAACUUUCAUAUAAAGGCAUCGAAGUAACCAGAAAUAAUGACCACUAUAAGAGUGCAUAAAAAAACCCAAUUUCCUAAUUUUAGAACUAUCUUAAUUUUUUAUUGAAUCUAUUUUUAAAAAUUUUUAUUAAUGCUCUAACAGUUAGGAUUUUUUCUGAUGCAGUGAGGUGUUUUUUUUUAGACACCAUGCUGGGUUUCUUCUAUUCAACUGACAAUGGAAAUUAAUGAAAUAUAAUAAAAUACACAGACCUGGUGUGCUCAUAGCAUUAUCAUAAAAUUCUGAUAAGAUAACUAUAAAUUACCAUGAAUAAUUUGGGUAAACCAUGCAUAGAGCUACCACUUGUGCACUUUAUUCACUUUGUUAUAUACCAACAAUUAUUACCUCCAAAAAAUUUUGUUAUAUAAUUAUUAAAAAUAUAAAGAUUUUAAAUUUUUAUCUAGUUUGUUACUUUUCCUAGAAAGGAAAAAAAAUUGCUUUAAUUUUACUCAUAUCAUUCAAACACAAAAAUUACAAUUUUGUUCCUUUAAAAAAAUUGUUCAUGAAUUAAGCAUUUUACUUCCUUGUUUUUAAUUUUUAUCAUAUUUUUAAAUAUUUAAAUGACCGACAUCUAUCAUAAUGUAUUAUUUACCACAUUUUUCAAUUAUUAUUGUCACAAAAUGGCAAAUGCUUAUUUUAUUGUUUUAGUAUUUAGUUGAUAUUUUUAUUUUAUGACAUUGUUAAAAGUGAUUUUAAGUGAUAACUUCUGUGGCAGACUAACCUGUAUACAUAUUUUAAAUGACUAAGAGUAAAAUAAAACCAAGAAGAAAUGGGUUGUUGUACAAUCCAGAAAUAUAGUUUUGUUGUGUUAUUAACACUACCAUUGUUUAAUAUUUAAGUGUUCUUUUAUAUUUUAAAAAAAAAUGUAAUAUGAUGUAUUAAAAUCAAAAACUUGAAAUUUAAUAAUUUUAAUUUUAGAAUAAAAUUCAUUAUUCAUUCACUUUUUUAAACAAUUUCUUUUCUGUAAUCACUUUUUACCACCUAUAAUUGAGUGGUAGCCCUGAUAUGCACUUAAAAUGUUUUAUAUACUUCUAUACAUAUUUUAUAUUAUUUUAUCUUAUAUUUUGACCAUUAUUUAAAAUGCCCAUUAUAUAAAGGUAUUAAUGUAUUUUUCCCAUAACACUUGACAGGACUAAAAAAAAAUUACAAUUGCAUAGAGGUGACCAUUAAUGGAAGUUUUACUAUAGUUAUUGUUAAGUAUUUUGUUUUACUACUUAUUUUAUUAUGUUACAGCUGCAAAUGUAUUGUUAAGUGAAAUAGGAGAUGUAAAAUUAGCUGAUUUUGGUGUAGCUGGGCAAUUGACCAACACAACAAGCAAACGAAAUACAUUUGUUGGUACACCAUUUUGGAUGGCUCCAGAAGUUAUUAAACAAUCUGCUUAUGAUUCUAAGGUUUUUUAGAUAUUUUAACUUCAUGUUGUUGUUUUUUUACAUUCCUAAAAAUUGUAUUUAUGUAAUAGGCAGAUAUUUGGUCAUUAGGAAUAACUGCUAUAGAACUAGCUAAAGGUGAACCACCCAAUUCUGAAUUGCACCCUAUGAGAGUCCUUUUUUUGAUACCCAAAAAUAACCCUCCUCAACUAACAGGAAAUUAUACAAAACAAUUUAAAGAGUUUGUAGAGGCGUGUUUAAAUAAAGAUCCUGAAAAUGUAUGUAUUUUUUAUAUAAGUUGUAUAUAAUUUACAUAUUUUUCAUAUUAAAAUUGAAUGUGUUGUAUAGAGGCCGACUUCUAAAGAAUUAUUAAAGUUUCCAUUCAUUAGAAAAGCUAAGAAAAGUUCAUACUUGGUUGAUCUCAUUGAUCGGUACAAAAAAUGGAAAUCUCAGCGUAAUGAAGAGAGUGAAACCGAGUCGGAGAACUCAGAUGUGUAACUAUGGAAAAUAUUAUUUUAUACAUUUGUUUUUUUUCUACUUUAAUUUGCCCAAAUAUUAAAUUAAAUUAAUCCUUAUUUUGAUUUUAGUGAAGAUUCUAGUAAAAAUGAUAGUGAUUUAGAUGAACCGUGGAUUAUGACUGUUAGAGGGCCAAAUUCUAUUAAACCUAUGUUAACCUCUGCUGCUGAAACCAAUCCUUCAUCACAGAUGCUAUCAAAGAAAAUGCAACAGAAUGGAUCACUCCGAUCUUCUAAAAAGUCAUUCAAUCAGAAAUAUAAUAUUGCUGAAUCAAAUGUUAGUUUUUCAUUUUUAAAUUCUAUCUUAAAUUAAUAAUGUAUACAUUUUAAAUAAUAUUAUUAAUUUUUGUAAAAUUAGGUAAAUGUUCACAGUUCUAAAAAUUCAGAAAAAUCUAAUUCCAAAGAAACUGAACCUAAGCGCAGUGUAAAUCGUAUGGUAGAACAUGUUGACAAUAAAAAACCAAUUCAUUCCAAAGCUAACCAGAACCAUAACUCGUGUUGGUCACCAUGUCUACCCCUCUUAAUAUUUCCUUUGAUAUCUGAGGUAAGUAAAUAAUGUGUGUACAUAUAUAUAUUUACAAAUUCCUUUAUUCAGUGAUCAAUAUAAUCAUUAUUUUUGAAUGUUUAUUGAUGGUGAAAAGGUAUACUUUUUUUUUUUACUUUUUCAGUUAUUUUUAAAAAUCCUGAAACAUUAGAAAUGUAUAGUUGCCUAAGGGAGUAGCCAAUUUCUACUUAGUAUACCAAUAUUUCUACUUUUAGUUGCUGUGGACCAAGUUACACAUGCAUAGAUUACUAUAAAAAAAUAAUCAAAGGGUUUAAGGUAGUUUGUGUAAAAUUAUUUUUUGAUUUUCUGGAUAGUAAUCUAUUAAUUACUCGUUAAAUGUUUAUACUAUAAUAGCAUUUAUUUCCAAAUGUGUGUUAUUGUUACUUCUAUUUAUGCAAACACCCAAAAUCAAAAUUAGGAUAAAAUGAUUUGGUUAGGUAAGUGGCGUAUUUUGGGCUUUUUUUGUGGGAGAGGGUUAUUCUGACACAUGACAAUACUUUUUCUCCACAAAUAUUAACAUAGCUUCAUCACAAAUUCAUACCUGAUUAUUCGUUGAUUUGUAUAAUUAUUGUUAAGUAUACUUAUAAUUAAUUUAUUGGAUGAUUUCAGAAGUCCACGGUUUACAGUAAAUUUUUUUAAUGUGGUUUAAAAUUCUAUAGCAUUUAGAUAUAAUUUUCAUAUGAAGAUUGACACUAUUUAAAAAAAAAAUUAAGAAUGAUCAUUUCAUCGUGUGUGUUUUGAUGUGUGGGUACCUACAUGCAGUAAAAAUAAAAAUGACUAAAACCAAACCUAACUAGUAACUUGUUUAUCAUAUUAAAAGUGCAUGACAUAUUAUUCAACGAUAAUUUAGUUUACAAAAAUCAUAAUUUUGAAUUUAAAAUGGUUGUUCUUGUUACUUUGUUAGAUACUUUAUUUUGAAUCCGUAAAAUCUUGAUAUCCUAGGGGUCAAACUAAUAACCUAUUAAUAAAAAUUGUUUUGUUUUAUUAAGCAACCCAUUAUUGAAGAUUGACAAACGAAACAAAUCUAACUCUAAACAUUAAAUAAUUUCCUGGUCUGAAAGGGUUAAGUAGGUAGGUACCUAUCUGAGCGUAGUGAGGAAUAUAUUAGUUUUACUUUUUAUAGUUAUCUGAACAUGUGGAGCUUUUUAGUUUUUAUUUGGUUUUAUAUGGACACAAUUUUUUUCGGUUUUUCAAAAAUGCUCUCAACAAUAUGAUACAAGGUUUAUCAUAAUUUAUAAAAUAUUUUUAAAUGCCACUAUUUAGGAAUAGGUAUAAAAAUGGUUUAUAGGGUUCAAAUUUUGAUAAAAAUCGUAAAUAUCACUGCAAUUAACGUACUAUUUUAAUAUUUUAUAUUAAUGUGUAUACAAUUUCUUUGGUUCUAUACAAAUGCACAAAUGCUUCUAUAAUAAUUCCUUUAUUUUUAUACUUGUUAUUUUACAUUUGGCAAAUUCUUUGUGUACCUUUGACACAUAACUUAUUUAGGAUUGCUGGAAGUUGACUCAACAUAUUACACUAGUUACAAUAUUUUGAACAUAAUAUUGUAAAAUCAAUACAUUUUUCGCUUACAAUCUAUAAUCUUCAGUUAUUUUGGAUUCUGUGUGUAGCGAGGAAGUUAUUGGUUUUACAAUGCUGUUAAUUUUUUAUUUUUUCUUUCUUUAUUCUAGUUUGUGGACAAGUUUUUUUUUAGUUAACUUACUCCAAUCUAUAUGUCCAUUUUAAAGAAGUCUUUUUUUUUGAUUUUCAACACUAUUUUUUAAAUAAAACCACUCAAGUGGGAAAAAAUGUAGGAAAACUUGCAAUUUCACAAUUUCAUUAUUUUUUUAAAAACAAAAAAAUCUAUCAAAAAAAAUGAUUUAAUCAAAAAAUCACAAGAUACCUUUUUUAUUACCCUUCUGAUUUAUUUUCUUAAAGUAUCAUCGCCAUAAUUUUUGAGCCACUUUUGAGCUUGGGAGUUUUUUAUUGUAAUUCGGUUAUAAGUACAUGUAGAGACUUGAAACUUGAUAAUAAUAUUUAUAUUGGACUUACCUAGAUAUGGUAAAAUUUCCAAAAUGAUCGGACGACUCUUUUGUUUUUUGAAAGGAUUUGAAAUCUAAUUAAAAUGAAAAUCUCAAAAAAAAAAUAUGGCACUUCAAUUUGUGUAUUACCAAACUUUGCCCAUAAUUAUCUUUCGUCUAGCAAUGGUUUAUGUUUGCUUAAAAUAUAAUUUAAAUAAUCUUAUGUAUCCUACCUUCUCAACUUCUCACCUACAACAGUGACUGCCCCCAUCCCCAGUAUUGGCUCCUUUUAUAUUUGAUUUCUCUAUGAAUAUUAUGAUUACUAACAAUUUUAUCAUCAACCACUAUAGAGUUUUUCUUUUCAUUAUUUUACGAAAAACAUAAUUAGUUGAUUAUUAAAAGGAUCACCAUCAAAAUCAAAUUUUGUUCAUUACCUUGGUCGUUAAUCAUAUUGAGACCACUUACUCUAUUAUAGUAUUUUGUAACAGAUUCUGUUGUUCUAAAUAAUUCUAUUUUCAUUUGUAUUUAUGAUUGAAUAGAAUUAACAUGUAGUACAAAACAUUAAAUUUGCUCAAAAAAAAAAAAAUGUGUUUUUUCAUUGCAAUUAAAUUUGAGUAUGAGGGAACGAAAUUGGAGCUCUGUGUCAAGUUGAGUAUUAUAUUAUAUUUGGAAUAAAGUAUAGCACAGUAUAGGGAUUUAAACCGCUGUCCCCUAUAUAGAAAAAUGAUUAAAUAUAUUGUUUGAGACGUAUUGUCUUUUUACCAUGCAUAUUAUAAUACUUAAAAGACAUAAUAUGUUUUAGUUCCUUACUUUAGUUUCUGGGUACAAUUUUAUCUGAUUUUCAGUUACAAAAGAGAUAUCGGUUUAAAAAUGAUGUAUCUUACAAGAUAGAUGCUAUUGAAGACCUAAAAAAUUCUUUUGAGUUAGCUGAACGUGCAAGUCCUGGUAUAAGUGACCAGUUUUUAAGAGAAAUGAUUCAUAAAUUACUCCCGUCUUUAUCGGAACAAAGGAUCUCAUCUAUGUUAGACCAUAUGAUUCGGUAAUGUGUAUAAUUUUAACAUUUAAUAAUACCAACAAAAUUAACCCAUUUUUUGUUUAUUUUACAGGGACAAACAUUGAUAGAAGUAAUAUAAUAUAUUUUAUUUACACAUUAAUUCGUCGUUAUAGUAUUUCCAUAAAUUUCCUAUUCAAUCAAUUUAAUCAGACAAUAAAUUCAUCAUUCAAUUUAGUUAUUUAUUAUUAUUAUUAUUAUUAUUAUUAUUAUAAUUAUUAAUCUUUUUUUGUUAUACCGUGAAUUUUAAGUACUAUUUAGUUUUUUUUUUUAUUAUUAUUAUUUCAACUAUGAUUUAUGUGUCAUAAAUUUGUUUUAUUCAAAUCCUAUAAUAUUGUGUAAAAUCUUGUAUGGGCAGCUUUAAUAGUAUUAACAACGAACCUACAGGUUAUAUGUUUAACACAUUAUUAUUAAUAUUUCAUAAUUAAUAUUAAUAUAUAUAUAUUAAUAUUAUAUAAUUAAAAAUAAAAAAUGUUAGAAUAUUAAUAAAAAUAUUUUUGUAAUUGAGUAAAAAAAUGCUUGUGUAUUUAUUUUUUGAUUAAAAAAUUAUAGAUAUUUUCUAUACUGCCCACAAAUUAUUGUUAUUAUUUCUUCAAUAAAUUUUGUUUUAAUAAUACAAUAUAUAAUAAUUUAUCAAUAUUAAAUAAUCACAAUACAUGACUUUCUGCAGUUUAGUUAUAUGCUGAACAAUGUGUUUGGAAAAACAUAUUAAUGUAGUUCUAACCCAAUCCACUUUUUAAGGUGAACAGAAUAUCUUAACUAAUGUUUCAGAAAUUUAAGCAUGCUGCUGCUAUUAUUUGUUUGAAGUGGAAAUGCAUUGGGAUGUAAUAGAGUAUAUAAAAGAGAUGUGCUAAUACAAUUGAGGCGUUUGUAAAAUAUAGAAAAAUAUGUAGGUAUAAUAAUAAAUUAGAAAAUAACUUUUAAUAAUAUAAAAAACAAUUAAAACAAUAGUUCACCAUGUCUUUGAUACAGUGUCAGCCUGGUCAAGGCAGCUAGGCCCAGUCCCUAGUUUUUUUUUUUAUCAGUAUAGGGUUAUUAUAGUUAUAUAACAUUAAAUAACAUCAUUAAUAUAGAAAUAUUACUUAUAUCUGCACCACAAUUAAAGAUAUAUAGAUUGGGAAUCAGCGGAUAUAAACAAUUAUAAAUUUUCUAGUGCUACCAGUGGAAUUAUUUUGUACAAUAUUAGUCUGCAUUAACAAAUUAUUAAUAUUAAUCAAGAUCCAAUUCACUUCUACUAGGAGCUAUUAAUUAAUUAUUUGAUUAUCAUCAAUUUUUACAUCUCUUUGUGAAAAAUGAUCAUGAUGUUGUACAAUACAAAUAAAAUUAGAGACGUGAUCAACAAUUCGUGGUUUAAAUUUCGUUACCAGCAAAAAUUAUAUUAGACACAUUAAAAUACUGAAUGAAUGCUGUAACCGAACCAUAUAAAUUACCAGUAUCUAAUGUUUAUUCACAAUUAUAAUAUCCAUUCAAUUUAUUGUGUAUCCGCUUAUAGUCUUAUUGUUUAAGAUCUAUAACAAAGAUGAUCAUGUUAAAAAUAUUUUUGAUUUGCAGUAUCCUUUUGUCACUUUAAAAACAUACAAUCAGUAUUAUGGUACCUUGGGUGAGGUGUGCAUUAAAUAACUAACGAUACUUGUUAACACAAUUUAUUUAUAAUUAAUUAAUUAAUUAACACAAUAUAAUACCAGAAUUAAAAGCACACAUCUUGUGUCUUUACAAUAACAAAGUACAUAUCUCUUUUAAGUUAAGUUAACCUUAUCACUUUAUUACAGUUCUUCCCCCUAAGCUUUAAAAUGAUACAGAAAUAAAUGUGUUAUUAAUAAUAAAUAUAAGAAUAAUAAUAAUAAACAAAACAAGUAUAAUUAAUACAGCUUAUAAAUUUAACUUAUCUAGUCUUCUACUUCUUUUAGACUCCCUAGGUUCAGAGACCCCUGCUGUCUCUUCAAUAUCUUCAAUAAUAUUUUCGUUCCCUAUUUCACCUUCUACUUGCUUUUCAGCCUUAUUUUCUAAAUCAAUUGUAUCUUAACCCAAAUUAAUAGUUUCCCUUUCCUCUAAAAUGUCUUGUUCUUCUCAUUUCUCCCUUUCAGCUGUAACAAAAAUUUUUUUAUUUAUUUUACCUAUCUCAAUAAGUUGGUUAAUGUGCCUUCUCCAAACCAUAUUUGCUUCCUCCAAUCUUACUAUAUAUAUUCUAUCACCUGAAACUGUUCAAUUUCCCCUUUCCUCCAUUAUUUUUUAUUUGGAUUGGAGUAAUCCCUAGCAUAGACUAAGUGUAUUUCAUUAAAUAUUACAUGUGUCAUGUGUACCUACAUUCUGUAGUUUUUCUGUAACACCUAAUUAAACAAAUAACUACUGUUUCAUAUUUGUGCACUGUUCAAUCAUAUUAUUUUACAUUUUCCGUAUAUUGAUACAUCUGUGCACAUCAUUUGUCAUUCACAGGUAUGUAUCUUUUACUUAAAUUGUUAUAAUCUUUAGUUAAAAUACCAAUAUUAUAAAAAUAAAAUACCAAAUUUAGAUCAUAAUAUGAAUGAAUUUACCAAAACCUAUUUAAAAGAAUGGGGAUUUAAAAAUUUAGUCUGUAGCAAAAUUUAAAUCUAAUUAUUGACAUUUAGUUAUUGACAAUAAUUAAUUAGUUUGAUAAUCAAAUUAAUUUCACAGGAAGAAAUAGAAUAGCUUUUUUAAACUAUGAGCUUAAACAUCAAGUUGAUUUUAGUAUUAAAAAAUUAACCUUUUUAAAUUUGGCUAAUGAUAUUUGUAUACAUAUUUAAGCAUACAAUAAUUAGUAACUUAAUUGUUUCUAAUUUCUUAUAAUGUAUUUCAUUUCUUAUAUUUUUAUUAGGUAUUGAAAUUCUUUUUCCAACUGAAUGUAAAGAAACAUAUUUUAUACCAAGAAUAAAAAAAGUAAUAUAAUAAUGCCUAAUAGAGGAAAAUUCUUCGAUAAAUACUGUAAUGUGAAAAGAAAAAUUUUGAAAAUUUCAAAACAUAAAAGAAAAAGUACAGAAUCCGAACUCAAAUUAACUGACCUAAAUGAGAAAGAUCAAAUUAUACUUAUAAAUAUUUAUUAAUAUUAUAGUAUCUAAUACAAUUACUUAAACAUAUCUUUAAUAUAAUAUAUAUAUAAUAGGUUCACUUAGCCGGUUAAAAAAUCAAGUUGAACUUGAAGAUGUUCUGCAUUUGGUAUGUUUAGAAACUGCACGUUAUAGGCUAGCUGUUCAAAUUAUUGAAAAUGUAGUGGAUAUUUAUCCAGCCUUAAAAACACCUAGGGUUAUUUUCUUGUUAGUAUAAUAUGUGAAUUUCACAUAUAAAAUAUAUUGUAAUAUAAACUCAGUGUGAAUUGUAUGUUUUCAGAUUGAUUUAGAUUUUGCUCAUAUGCAAUCAUAAUUUAUCCCAAAAUAAAUGAGGUUUUUCAACAAAUUUGAAACUUUUAAAGACAAAUUAAAUAUAUAUCUUAAUAAAAGUUCUGUAAACAUUGGUAUCCAAGGUUCACAACUUCUAACUAAACUUAAUGAACCAAUAAAUAAUAGCAAGUGUAUAAUUUUCACAUAGAGCUCCAUAGGAAUUGUGUGUUAGGUAUACUAUGUUCUGUACUCAUACUCAUUUCAAUUUGAAUACGAUUUAUAAAGACAAUAAUUUCUGAGCUCAACUUAGGUAUUAUCAAAUAUUUAUUAAAAUAUGCUUAUAUUUUAUAUUUUUUUAGAUGUUCAUAAUUUGGAUGCAGUCUAACUGAUACCUUAUUUAUUUUCUCCAGUUAAUAUUGUUUUGAAAAACAAACAAUUAAUAAGACCAUCAAAAAUUGAAUAAUCAAAUGCUUUUAUUGUGACAUUUAUGUUAAUAUUGAAAACCAAUUUUUGCAAAAAUGCUCUAAAUAAUUUGAAAUUAUAUUAAUAUGUUAUAGAAUGCCAAUGAACUGAAGAUUGUGUAUAGACAAAAAGUGGAUAAUGCUUUAGCAUAUGGUUCUACUGCACAAUCAUAUGUAAUUAUAGUGAGAGAUAUUGAUGGCUAAGUUCUAUUAUACUGUUAUACUAUAAUCAAUCACACUACAUAUCAGCUAAAAACAGCUGUGAAAGCAGUAAAUUUAUGUUUUAAAUUAUAUCAUGUUUUUAACUUAGAAUAUCUCCCUGAAUUUGAGCAAAUAUAGUAUUUUUUUUGGCAGCAUUUCUUUGAAAUAUUAAACACUAAAAAAAAAAUGUUUUCUGUUAAAAGUUUGUGCAAGGAUUUACAAUUUUCAUAACCUAAAGUUCUUUAAACUACAUUGUAGUGAAUAGUGAAUAAAAAUUCACUAUUUAUUCUGAAACUACCUUAGAGUUUACUAAUAUAUUUGAUGUGCUUUCUAAUUAAUUUGAUGAGAUUAAAACAGAAUAUUUCUGUUUACAAUUAUUAGACAAUCUAGGAGCUUUAAUAAGACCUUAUCAGAUUAUAAUUAGAUAAGGCUCACCGACAGACUUACUCUUAGUAGAGUAAUUUUAGAACCAAAGAAAGUUAACAUGACUAUGAUAUCCUUGAGAUUGAUUUUUAAAAACAAUUGGAAUACUCAAAUUUUUUAAAUGUCAUACUUGAAUAUUUAAAACAAGUACAGAAUAACAAUAACCCAUAUAUAAUUAAAAGUUUUGUUCAAUCUUAAUUGUGGAAAGUUAAACUAAAUAACCAAAAUAAAAUUAUUUUACCUAAUUUUCUCUAUUACAGCCAUUUUGAAUUAAUUAAUCCAUUAGGGUCUCAUGCUGGAACACAUAAACUUAGAACUGUAUACAUUUCUUUUGCUGCUUGUAUACCAGCUGAAUUUUCAUAGCUAUAAUAGUGGCUGUACCCAUCCCUAUUAUCACUAUUAUCUUUUUUCCUCUUGAACCUAUUCCAAUAAUAUGGUUGCAUUUAACUAUUUCUGAACCUUCAACAAAAAGUCUUUGAAAUUCAUAUUGAAUUAUUUCAGUGAUUUCCAUUACAGAAUUAAACAUUAUACACUUUUAUUACUACAAAUUGUAAACAAAAUAAGUUUUAAUAAUACAAUUUUAAAAGAACUAGUAAUAUAAAGAGUAUUUUGGCUAAAUUACUAUUAUUCUAAUGCUAUUAUAGCGGUCAUUUUUGGUUUUGUUCUUAUUAAUAUAAUGUUUUGUUCUUAAAGGAGUUUUUAUAAUUUAUAAUAAACAACCGGUUAUGUUAUAUUAUGCAAAUAAUAAUUAAGUGUAAGUUCAAAUUUCUUCAAUUUUUCAUUGUACCUAUAACCAGUAGGCUUCCUUUUUUUAUUUAAUAAUUCAUUUUUAAAAAGUUCCAGCUGAGCCUCUUCAAAUUCAUAUUCUAAUAAUCUAUGAGCAUCAUCUUCAAUCAGGUUAUUUUGUUUCAUUUCUGUCAGCAAAUCUUACAAAUUUAAUAUUUUGGUAUUCAAUCUUUUCACUUUUUUUUUUAUUUUAUUGAAUAGGAAAAAAACUCAAACUCUGAAGUUAUUAGCCUUGUGUACAUAUUAUUUUGUGUAUGUUACAUUAAUACUUAAGUUUAAAGACUCAAGUUAUAAUAUUUAAAACAAUUAUAAAUUGUGUUUACAUAUUAGUUAAAGGUUGUUUAUAAUGUUAAUUUUUGUAAGAAUAUUUAAGAUUUUUAUGGAGUUGUCUUCAUUUAGGGCUUCAUCUAAUUAGACUGGUAUUGAUAAUGAGUUUCAAAUGUUUUGAAGAUCAGGGCAGUCUUGGAUAAUGUGUUUGAUGGUUAAGUCUUUUUGACAUUUAUUGCAUAUGAUUGUUGGAUCUUUACUAAUUAAGAGUAAGUGGCUCAAAAAAGAAUAUCCAUUUUUCAUUCUGGUAAUUGCGACUUCUUUUCAUUUAGGUUUUGAGGAAUGAAUGUGCCACUUUUAAGUGCACUUGUUGAUUUUUUUAAUUUGUUAGACUGUGGAACAGAAUCCCAAUAACUUUACCAUACCAUGUUUAUUUUUUGGGUUAUGUAUAUUUUAAAGUCAUUUACCGGUAUCUCAGUGAUUGUUGGAUGUAAGAUUAUUUUGGUCGCUAUAUCUACUGAUUUGUCAGCCAUCCCAUUACCAGUAAUGGCAAUGUGUUAUGGUACCCUCAUAAAUUCUAUAUUAUUAUUAUUAUAUUUUUUUAUAAACCUAAUUCGAUUUGGAUGUUCCUGGUUAUUUGAUUGGUAGAGAAGGGGUUUUGGAGUGCCAGUAGAGCACUAAGAGAGUCGCUUAGUAUUAGUAUGUUGUUAUUUGAAGUUGUCAAAUUAAUUAAUUUAAUUUCUUUUAAGGUAGCAUAGUUUUCUGCAGAGAAAAUGCUGCUUUCUAGAGGGAGUUAGUGUAGGAGUUUGGUUUCUUCUUAAAUGAUUGCGAAAACCUGUUCUGUGUAGAUUUAGAUGUAUUGGUAUAAAUUUGUAAGAAGUUGGGGAAUUUAUUUUAUUAAUUUAUGGUUUCUUUGAAGUUGGACAUGAUUAUUGUCAAAUUUGUUUCGUGUUUAUUGUAAAUGGUUAAUUCUGUAUUGAGUGGAGUUUUCCUCAUUAUAUCUAGGAUCUAAUAUUUAAAGUAGAUUUUCUUUAGUUGUUCUAUAAAUAAUUAAUCUAUAAUUUAUUUUUGACAGUAUUAAAGAUUUAAACAUGUUUAGAAGGCAUUUUAUAUCAGCUCCCCUAAGUAUGAUGAGAAAGUGUUUUUAUUUUACAAGAGCUUUUAAGUUUUUUGAGAUGAUGAGUCCAUUUUAAUUGGUUGUCAAAAUCGUUCCUAAUAUGCGUAAUGAUUUGCAAAAGGAUAUUUCAGAAUCUUUGAGGAAUAAUGUGUGAUUCCCUAACGUGAGAGUGUGAAAACAUAUACAUUGGCUUUUAACCGGGGAGAAGUUGAAACCAGGACUGAACCUUGGAAGAGACUGUUUUCUAUUAGGUAACUUUGAUUAUUCAUUAUGAGCUUUGACUUGUACUGUUUUUUUAAAAAAAAUUGGAUAAAUAUGAACAUCUUACCAUUCAUUCCACAUUCUGGAAUAAUUUUAAGGACUCGGUUUCGCCAUACCAUAAUAUAUGCUUUUCUAAGUCUAAAAUUAUUAAUAUUAGGAGCUUCUCACUUUUUGUUGAAGGACUUUAACAUAACUUUUCAAUUUUCUUUUAAUAGGCGUAACAGGUGUAGGUAGAUUUUUAUUAUUAGAUCUUUUUUUGUAAUAAUAUACGAUUGGUGACAAGAACUAUACAAGACCAGACUAGAAUUAUACUGGUCUGGAAUGAAGGUUGCAUUUCUCUAGAAUCGUUUUGGGUGUAGUAAUAGUUUUACUACACAAAGUACAGCCAACUGGAAAGGUUCCUCUGAUUACAAGAAAGCAAUAGAAAGAGCACACCCAAAACAUGUAUCUGCUGUGCAAAGAAUAAAGUAGAAAUCUGUCACAGCAAACAUUUCAUACCCGCAGUUGGCUAGCACUUCAAAAGUCGAUCCAAAAACCAUCUCAACUAAAGGGAAGCGAAGAAUCGAUUAUUCUUAAUGAUAUUCUAUUCACGUUAACCAACAUAAAGCAGACACUAGCAAAUAUCAUAGCAAGAAUGGACAAACUGGAAAUAAACCAGACAAAGUCCAAAAAUACCUAGGAGAAAAUAAAGAAAUGAACAGUACACUGCGGAUCAUUGCAUGGAACGCCAAUUAGUUAGUACAGCGUAGACAAGAACUUGAAGACCUUUUACACAGUGAAAACAUUGACAUAGCCCUUAUUUUAGAAAUCCACUUCACAACGUGGACCUUUCUUAAGAUUACUUAAGAUUUCUUAAGGAAUUACAGAAUAUAUACGACAGUUCAUCCUAGUGGUAGAGCUCGGGGUGGUACUGCUGUAAUAAUAAAAGAGUCCAUAAAGCACUAUGAACUCGAAAAUUAUUCUGUAAAUCAUAUACAAGUGACUAGCAUUAGCGUUAAUGACGUGAAUAAAGAUCUCACUACUCACUCUCACUGCUAUUUAUUGUCCACUGCAAGGAGGUGCAGAUGAAAUUAAGUUCGCUGAAUUUUUCCAUAUGUCGGGUUCUAGAUUCAUGAAUGGAGGUGAUUAUAAUGCCAAGCAUACUCACUGGGGAUCGAGACUGAAGGGACUCACCCUAAAGGGACGAGCCUUGUUAAAAGUUGCAAACAACAUCAAUGCUGAAAUCAUCACUACAAGUAAGCCAACGUAUUGGCCCACUGAUCAGAACAAGAUUCCCGACCUGCUUGACUUUUUUAUUUUGAAAGGUAUAUCUUCUUAUUAUAUUGAGUUAUUAGAACUUACAGAAUUAACGUCAGAUCACAUACCAAUGCUUCUCACGUUAAGUUCUAAUGUUAUACAUAAAUAACGAAAGAUGUUGCUAAUCAACAAGAAAACAGAUUGGGACCUCUUUAGAACGAAUCUAGACGAAAUCUUAACCCUCACAGUAAGACUAAGAACUGACUAAUAACAUCAUAAAAGCGGUAACGCCCAUAAAACCAACAGAUGGUAAUCAUGAGAGUACCUACCCAAUGGAAGUUAGGAAACUAGUAGAAUAAAAACGAAAGGCACGGAAAAAUGGCACCAAACGAGAGAUCCUUCGGAUAAAACCUGGAAUCGCACUAGUAAACUUUUACAUGACGAAAUUAAAAAAGUAAAAAACGAAACGUUCAAAUCAUACUUAAGUGAACUUUCUGCAACGAAUAACACUGAUUAUUCAUUAUAGAAGGCGACAAGACGCAUGAAGAGCCCUAGAGCCUAUGUAAUCCGAAUGGAAGAUGGAUCAUGGGCAUGCUGUGAACUAGAUAAAGCAGAUAUGUACGAACGUCAUUUAAAACGUGUAUUUAAAUCAAAAAAAAAAAAAAAGUUAUGCCAAGUACUUGGCACAUCAUUGAUGUAUUGUCAAUAUCUAACCUAUGUUUUGGUGUAAAUGGAUCUUCCAAAAAAAUCGGUUCAUCAGUAGGCCUGACAAUACCAGUAACAGCAGCAUUCUCGGAUGUAUUUAGAUUUUCGGAUGAUGUUAAAUUAAAAAUACUUGAAAUAGGAUCAUAUUUUGCUAAAAUAUGAUGUCUAUUACUAAUUGCAGUUUUAUAGUCAUUUAUUUUAAAAUGUGCACUACAUGUAUACACCGCAGUAAGAUUUCUGGUAGAAUUUAUGUACACAACAUAAAAAAAAAAAUUAUAAAUUAACAUUUUUAUAGAAACAAUACAUUAUAUUGCUACACUCAGAAUCUAAAAUAAUGUCAAAAACAAAUUUUUAUUAAAUAUUUUAUAUUUUGUCAAACAUAUAAAAAAUUACCUACACAUGAACUUUUUAUAAAAUUAACUAAAAAACUCAAAGAACAAAAAUAACAAAAAAACAUAACCUAACCGCGUUACGCGAUAACAUUUGUUUUCAUACGAAUUAAUAAAAUUUAAACCAGAUGUUACUUAGAAACUAUUCUUAUAAAUAAUUCAUUCAAAUAAAACUGAAGUAUAUCCCAUCAGAAAAUCAGUUUGCAGAUACGCUUACUAAACCAAUGUCAGCUUCAACAUCAGCAGCAAAACAAGUGUCGUAUUCGGUGGUCUUAACUAAUAGAAAAAUAAAUUAUAUAUUCUCAAUUUAAUAAUUAACUAUAGGUGAUGAUGAUAAUAAUUUUAUGAUAAUAAGCGUCUAUGACAGUGGUUCUUAACCGGUGUUCCGUGAACUUGAUAUAAGUGUUCCGCCAAAAUUUUAAAAUCAAUGAAAAAAAUCCGUAAAUUACAACAAAUUGAACUCUCAAAAUAAAAUUUUCCGAAAUAACAGUAGAAGGAUUUUGGAUUUUCGUUCAAACCGAAUUUAAAAUAAUUUCCUUUUCAAUUACAAUUUUACUCAUCUUACUUGUAUGAGCUUGAAUUUUCAACAUUGACGAAUAUCAAAUCAAGGAAACGAAAAAGGCUGACUAAUAUAGAAAAGGAAAUGAGAGUAGUAAUAUAUGCAAUAUCCUGCAUACGGCCAAAUAUUGAAAAUAUCUGUAAAAGUCAUCAGGCUCAAAUAUCUUAUACAAAAGACUUCAUUUCAAAUUGAAACAUUUUUUUAAAAUUUCUUUAUUAUUUUAUUAUUCUUUAGUGACUAACAUGUAUGCAAACUGUUUAUGCUAUACAUGCAUUGUUUAAUAUAUUAAAAUUUUAAAAAUGUAUAUAAAUACUGUUUUAUUUUACGACUGUGUUCCGCGAAAACCUUAUAAAAUAUUAAGUGUUUCAUCAUUCGAAAAAGGCGUAGAACCAUUGAUCUAGGAAAAUCUAAACGGCUGCAAGAUGGUCGACUAUAUAAUAUAUUGUAUUAUAUAAAUAAAUUAAUACUUGUUUGAUAAUAAAUUGUAUUAAAUUGUAUUUAAUAUUUUUAUUAAAUACCCGAAAUUUUCUGUUCGAUUUUUAAACCGAUUAAAACACUCUGAUUUUGGUUUAAAAAUCAAAUAGUUCGUAACAUCCAUGGCUUAAUAUAUAAGUAUGAUCACAACUUUGUGAUACACAUGCGCAAUGACCGCCACUAGCAGUGAUUCCCGUCUAAUUUCAAUCUAAUUGAUAAUAAGUAUAAUAUCACUGCUAGCUGAGUUUUCUCUCCAUGAAAAGCUAUGGAAUAAACAGUUGUGAUCAUACCUAUAUAUUUAGCCAUGGUAACAUCUUUACUAAGCAUACACAAUGAACUAAGCCAAUCACAUAAGCAACAAUCUAUAUUAAAAGAAAAUUAAUUUACUUAUGUCGACAAGUUUAAAAUCGUAAAAAUGUAAAUUAAAGUGUAAAAAAUUGAGUGAUUAGCACAAUAGCAGUGUAAGUUGUGAUAAUGAUAAUGGUUGUAUGAUAACGUAGUCGGCCAUCUUGCAGCCGUUUGGAUUUUUGUCUCAAGACGCCGGUCUGUUUUUGUCGUCCGCGUCACCAUUAUGCGAUGAAUACGUAAGUGUUGUAUCUUCUUGCACGCAAUUGUGAAUUUCAGAAUUCAUUGUACAUAUAACGGACGAACCGAUUCACAAUGAAUUACAGAAGACUACCGCCCUGGAUUGAAAACAUGGUGUCGUUAAAGGUUGACAAUCUAACCUACAGGACAACUUCGGAAGAUUUGAGAAGAGUGUUCAAACGAUGUGGUAAAGUUGGAGACGUUUAUAUUCCUCGAGAUCGUUUCACUCGAGAAAGCAGAGGAUUCGCUUUUGUUAGGUAUAACAUGCUUCUUACCUGUGUUUAAUGUCAUUCAAUAUUAUGUUUGCUGACGUUUUUAUUGCUUUUAAGCGCGUUACCAGGCAUAAUUAUUGACACUUAUUUUAAUAUAAUUUAGAUGUGUAUAAAAAUGAUUAUUUAAUUAAAUUUGAGCUCGAUACAAAUUAAUAUUAGUUAUAAUACCUUAUGAAUUUCUUGAUUAGUUGGGUCGAAGUUCCUUUUAGUGGCAAUUCGCAAAGAUCAGAAACUUUGAUCUUAUCUGAUUUGACGCAUCAACUGACAGAAUUAUUUUUGAGAUUUUACAACUAAAUUAAGCACAAUAUUUAUAUUAUGUGUUUAGGAUAUUUUAUUUAAUAUUAUUUCAGGUUUUAUGACAAACGUGAUGCAAUGGAUGCAUUAGAUGCAAUGGAUGGUCGCAUGUUGGAUGGAAGGCAAUUACGACUUCAAAUGGCUCGAUUUGGCCCUAAUUCUUACUUACUUCUAUCUAGGUAAAUAUAUACUAAUACUCAUAAGUAAUUUUAGUAAUUUUAUGUUACAGUUUAAUAUGGCUUUUACAAUACAAACUAAAUGCAGCAAACUGGAACAUAGAAAUAUUAUUUUGA